AUGAAGAAUAAUAUUGAAGAAGCUGAGUACCUCAUCCAUUUGGGAUUAGAUGUAAAUGCAGUCGAUGAUGAAAAUAAAACACCUCUUCGUUAUGCAGUAGAAAAUGGCAACACAGAAAUUGCAGAGUUCCUGAUUGCAAUUGUUUCAGACAUCAAUGCAGAUAAAAACACAAUGACUGAGCUUCUUUAUUAUGCAGCCAUAAAUGGCCACACAGAUGUUGCAAAACUUAUUGUUUCAAAUGGCGCAGACGUUAAUCAUAAAUUCUUUUAUUACAAGAAAACAGCGCUUCAUAUUGCCUGUGAAAUGAAUAACAUAGAAUUAGCAGAAUUUCUCAUUUGGCGCGGUGCUGAUAUCAACGCGAAAGAUGAAAGAGGAUGUUCUCCCAUUUGGUAUACAAUCAGAUCGCCUGAUUAUCAAAAAAGAAUUGAAUUAGUAGAAUUUCUCAUAUCUUAUUUGUGCAGAUAUCAAUACAAAAGAUAA